AACUCCGGCCCGUAAAUGGUAUAUGUUCUCUUCCGGUUACCAGUUUAUGAAGACAACUCCGAGAAUCGAAAUCUCAAUCAUAAGUUUCAUUAUCCGUCGGUUAGACGCAAAAUUUUAUAUAGAUUACACCGUAUACAUUUAUCAAAAGUUGAAUUGCGUCUCUUGAAAAGGCAUCCGAAUGUCCGUGCUGAAUCAACUCUUCAACAGGGGACUUCUGGGAGCAAAAUGUUUCCCCUGUGUUCAAUCAACUCAGUCAUUUGCCUACCAUCCAGAAUUGCUGAUCUUCGUCCGUGUAAAACAUGUUUAACCUUGGGAAUCUCGCGCAUCAAGUUGUUGCAAAAUAAGCGAGACGUGCAUCUAAAGCUUAUGAGGAAGGAGAUUGCAGAAUUUCUGCAGACUGGCCAAGAAGCCAUUGCUCGAAUUAGGGUUGAGCAUGUUAUACGGGAACAGAACACAUGGGAGGUUUACGAGAUAUUGGAGUUGUUCUGUGAAUUUGUUCUUGCCCGUGUACCGAUUCUUGAAAGCCAGAGGGAAUGCCCUACAGAGUUGCAGGAAGCAGUUGCAAGCAUAAUCUUUGCAGCUCCCAGAUGUUCAGAUUUGCCGGAUCUGCUGCAUGUUAGGAACUUAUUUGCUGUGAAAUAUGGCAAAGAAUUCAUAGCUGCUGCAUCGGAGCUUCGCCCUGAUACCAGUGUCAACCGUACAAUAAUUGAAAAGCUCUCGGUGAGUGCUCCACCUGCAGAUGUAAAGCUGAAAGUACUAAAGGAAAUUGCCCUAGAAUAUAACAUCAAUUGGGAUUCAACUAAAACCGAGACAGAAUUCAGCAAAAAACCUGAGGAUCUUCUGAAUGGACCAAAACAACUAGCUGAACAACCUCAUGCACAUUCGACGCCGGAACGUCGGGAAGGUGCAUCUACUGUGGACAAUUCAGCGGCUUCUUUAAAUGGUAAAAAGGUGGACCGCUACGUGCAAUCUCCCACUUCGCUCGGCAGCAAUUCUGUGACUCCCAGGAUAAUUGGAUCGUCAACCAGAGAACAAAAUGUAGAACCAAUCACUGAGAUCAAGAGCACAAGUAUACAAUCAUCUGAUGUAUUGCAACGGGCUCGUGCUGCUAUUGCUGCAGCUGAACGUGCAUCAGCUGCUGCACGUGCUGCUGCUCAGUUGGUAAAUGUUAGGUUUAACUCAUUCAAACUAGACGAACAGAAAAUUUAGCAUCUUAGUCGAAAACAAGCGCAGAGGUCUAGUUGUGUCCUUGUUUUUCUUUAAUUGCAUAUUUCUCGUGUCAUCUAUCUGAGUUUGCCCCUUCCUGUUGUUUAUACGCACUCAUCAUUAUGGAAACUUAUGUUUGACACUGCACCAGAUGCAACCAUGACCUAGCAAGGCUUAUAACAAUGUACUACUAGAGAGUUUCUACACAGAUGCAAGGUGCAGAGUGUGUCUUGUUCAUUUUUGCCUUGUAUUGUUGUUUGAUAUGCACAAAUUUUCUUUUAAAA